AUGUGGAAUGUAUUUGGUCUUACAUCAUUUGACCCAUUGAGCCAGUUUUCAGAAAUGUGGUAUCAAAUAUUUCUGUGGUCGUUAAUUUCAUCUAUAGUUGUUCAUGUAUUUGCUGCUAUUGCAUUUAUUACACUAAGGAAGCAUCAGUUUGGCAAGUUUUUUUCAAUAUUUAUUCUUUUGAUGGAAAUAUCUCCAAUCACUUCUGGCGUGGUGAGCAGUGCAGUGAUUGCUUUUGUCCACCGUACAUCUUGUCUACAAAUGUCACCUAUAUAUGCCAUGUUUUGGGGCGUAGGGCAAACUGUUGUUUCAAUUUGUGUUGGAUUUACUAGGAUAUUAGCAACUUUAUAA